AUGGCUCCUGCCAUGGAGCGCUUCCACCAGCUUUCACGGAUGAAACCAUAUGGAGUGUUCCACGCCCUGGAGAUUUCCAGAGUUGAAUACUGUAAUCCAGUGUUUCUUAAGGCAACAUUACAAGAUCUGGAACAAAGGCACCCACAGCUUGAAGAAUUAAUAACAGCAGCCCAGAAUCUGAAAAAUAAAACUAGCAAUCAAGAGGUUCGAACAAUCAUCACUGAUCAAAUUGAAAAAAUACAAAACCAGUGGGAUGAAGUGCAAGGUCACAUUCAGAAUCGAAGGCAACAGUUACAUGAAAUGUUGAAAGAUUCAGCACAAUGGUUGGAAGCAAAGCAAGAAGCUGAGCAAAGACUAAAAUGUGCCAAAAUGAAAGUUGGAGCAUGGAAGGAGAUUUCUUAUACAGUGGAAGGGCUAAAGAAACAGAAUGCUGAGCUCAAGCAACUUGCAAAAGAGCUACGGCAAUGGCAUAUAAAUCUGGAUGUAGCAAAUGAUUUGGCCUUUAAACUUCUUCGGGAUUACUCAACUGAUGACACCAGAAAAGUACAAAUAAUGACCAAUAACAUUAAUGAUGCAUGGGCCACCAUUAAUAAUAGUGUUGGAGAGCAAGAGGCCUCAUUGGAAGCAGCUCUAAGGCUCUUGCAACAAUUCUAUUUGGAUCUGGAACAGUUUCUUGCCUGGCUUACAGAAGCAGAAAUCACUGCCAAUGUCCUACAGGAUGCCACAUGUAAAGAGAGAAUCCUAGAAGACGCUCAAGAAAUACAGGAGCUCAUGAGGCAAUGGCAGAGCUGUCUUCGGGUGAAAGAGUCCAGAAUGUGACUCGACUCCUAAAGAAGCAGGCAGAUGAUGUUAAAACAGAAUGGGAUAAAUUGAAUCUACAAUCUGCCGACUGGCAAAAAAAGAUUGAUGAAGCCCUUGAACGACUACAAGAGCUUCAUGAGGCAAUGGAUGAUUUCGAUCUAAAGCUGCAUCAGGCAGAAACAAUCAAAGAGUCCUGGCAGCCAGUUGGGGAUUUGCUCAUUGACUCACUGCAGGAUCAUCUUGAAAAACUGAAGGUCUACCAAGGAGACAUUACACCUCUUAAAGAGAACAUGAACAAUGUUAAUGGCUUGGCUCAUCAGUUUACCUCAUCUGAGAUUCCACUUUCUCCAUAUAUGCUCAACCGGCUAGAAGACCUGAAUGGAAGAUGGAAACUCCUGCAGUUGUCCAUUGAUGAGCGUAUCAGGCAGCUGCAUGAGGCCCACAGAGAUUUUGGCCCCACUUCUCAGCACUUUCUUUCCACUUCUGUCCAGGACCCAUGGGAAAGGGCCAUAUCACCAAACAAAGUGCCCUACUAUAUCAAUCAUGAGAUACAGACUACUUGCUGGGAUCAUCCCAAAAUGACAGAGCUCUACCAGUCUUUAGCUGAUUUGAACAAUGUUCGAUUCUCAGCAUAUAGAACUGCCAUGAAGCUCCGAAGACUACAGAAGGCUCUCUGUUUGGAUCUUUUGAAUCUGUCUGCUGCAUGUGAUGCCUUGGACCAGCACAACCUCAAACAGAAUGAUCAACCAAUUGAUAUACUUCAGAUCAUUAACUGCUUAACUACCAUUUAUGAUAAAUUGGAACAAGAGCACAAUAACCUAGUCGACGUCCCUCUAUGUGUAGAUAUGUGCCUCAACUGGCUUUUGAAUGUUUAUGACACGGGUCGAACGGGAAAGAUCCGAGUCCUGUCUUUCAAAACUGGUAUAAUUUCACUGUGUAAAGCACAUCUGGAAGAUAAAUACAGAUAUCUGUUCAAGCAAGUAGCUAGUCCCACUGGAUUCUGUGAUCAACGUCAUCUGGGUCUCCUCCUACAUGACUCUAUCCAGAUUCCAAGGCAGCUGGGAGAAGUUGCUUCUUUUGGUGGCAGUAAUAUUGAACCCAGUGUUAGGAGUUGUUUUCAGUUUGUAAGUAUAUCUUUUGCUUUUAAAAAGAUGCAACAUUUUAAGAACACACUCAGCACUCAACUGCUUCAAAAUGUGUCAAAUUUGGUAUUGGAUACAUUUUGAAGCAGAAAUCUUUUAUCAGCACCCAGUGGAAGAAAUAACUUGCUAAUGUUGUCUGCAAUAUGAUUCGCUAUUUCUUCCGGCCAAAGCAGUAUUUGUAUUUGUAUUUUAUUAUUUAUUAUGGGGUGUGGGUCAAGUGGUAAGUCAUGUGGUUUUCUUGGUACCCAUUGGUUCGACAGGGGUCAAUUCAUGGUCCCUCAGACUGUUGGAGGGCUGGACAGGCUGGGUGGCCAUGGCUAGGUGGUCAUGUGACUGGAUGGGCGUGGCCAAUUUAGCAGUCCAUUUUGCCUUUGUCCUUGCUGAACUUGAUCAACCCAAGGAAUCUUAUUUACUUAAGGGGGAAAGAGCACAAACUUUCUUGCCACUUGCCUAACUUCAUUACAACAUCUUCAGGCUCCUUAAAAAAAGAAUAAAAAAACAUGAUUUCCUUCAAAAUAACUCCUGAUCAUAUGUUUCAGAUGACCACACAAUAAACCAGAACUGCAACAAUUAAGACUGCAAUUAAAACCCCCCAAGAUGGUCAUUGAGAGACAUUGGAAGCAGGCAGAAGAAGGCGAGAAUCAACACACACACACAUACACACACAAAUCCUCCAUUGGUGAAUUAAGGUGGGAUAAUGGUCCCUCAGAAUGUUGGGGGCUGGACUAGUUUGAAAAUACAUGGACAAAUUUCUAUGAACACUGCACAUAUCUUUAUUUGUAGUGCAAAAAAACAUGAAAUACAAUAUUUAAAAUGAACAAUUUUAAUCAACAUAAAUAUACUACUAAUUCAAUGGGAAGUGUGGGCCUGCUUAUCUGGGAUUACAGGGCUAAAGGUCUUUUAAACCUGGAGGAGAAUUCACAAACUGAUUUGUUUUUUGACAUACUUGUACAUGUGUAUAUAUACGCACAUGAAUAUCUACCAAAAUUGUUCAGCUACAAAUUUGAUAUGGGAAGAAUCAAACUAGUGGAUGAAUUAUCCUUCAGGAAUUAUACUGAGGUUGCAUUUGAAUUAAUAUUAGCCAACUUCAGCUGAUUUUAAAAAAGCUAGGAGACAUGGAGACAUGUCCCCCACCCACUU